AACUUCCAGUUUUGAUUAAUAAGUGUAAAUAUAUUUCCUAACAGUUUAUUGUAUUUUGUAGUAAUUAUAUAUCAUUCCCCAAACUAAAAACAGGUUGUUAACACUUAACAGUGGUGAAUUACUGACCAAAAAUGAUAAAUAUCCAAAACCAAAUACUAGCUGGUCAUUAAAAAAUGGAUAUAAAUUAUCCAAAACACCAUAAGAUAAUCCAUAUUUAUUGGCAACAUAUUCUGUUCAAAAACUGCAUUAUCUUUUUAGCAGAUUCUGAUUACUAUAGUAUGUUUUUAGUUUUAGCAAAAGAUCUACAUAGUAAAUUAUUCAUCAUCCAAAAACAUUGUGUAAUUAUCUUUACCAGAUGACACAUUAUUCAUACAAAUAUUAUCUUUUAUUUUGUCUAAAUAUUUGUUAGUUUUAGCAAAAAAAUAUAAAAAUAAUUUGUCCACUAUCUAAAAAGAACCUUUAAUUUUGUCCAAAUUUGGUUUAUGCGACGACGCAACCUGUUGUGAUCUUCAAAAAAAAAAAAAGAACUAUCAGAACAAGUCUCCUCUUGUCUCACCAGCAGUUAAUCACUACAUUACACCCAAAUUAUCUUCCUUUUUUCGAUUUUUUCCAUAACAAGACGGCGUCUCUUAAAAUCCCUUCUUAUCCAAAGCACAGCUUCGUCAUCAAAAACCCAGUUUCUAGAUCCUCUAAACCGAGCAUAAAAGUCCAAAAGGAGGUUUCUUUUCUUGCCUUGAGGCUAAAGCUUGAAGCUUUUGAUAAAACAUAAGAAAGAUGAGUGAUACAGAGGAGGCCAGGAAUAAUGAUCUGCGACGACCUUUCAUACACACGGGAAGCUGGUACCGGAUGGGCUCAAGACAAUCGAGCAUGAUGGGUUCGUCUCAAGUCAUCAGAGACAGCUCUAUCUCUGUUCUUGCUUGUGUUCUGAUCGUUGCUCUUGGCCCUAUUCAAUUCGGUUUCACUUGUGGUUAUUCUUCUCCGACACAAGCUGCAAUCACUAAAGAUCUCGGUUUAACUGUAUCUGAGUACUCUGUGUUUGGUUCUCUAUCCAAUGUGGGAGCUAUGGUUGGUGCAAUUGCUAGUGGUCAGAUUGCAGAAUACAUUGGAAGAAAAGGGUCUCUGAUGAUUGCUGCUAUUCCCAAUAUCAUUGGCUGGCUUUGCAUAUCAUUUGCUAAAGAUACUUCUUUUCUUUACAUGGGAAGACUUUUAGAAGGCUUUGGCGUUGGGAUCAUCUCUUACACAGUGCCUGUGUAUAUCGCUGAGAUAGCUCCACAGAAUCUGAGGGGAGGACUGGGUUCAGUUAACCAGCUUUCUGUGACAAUUGGAAUAAUGUUGGCUUAUUUACUUGGCCUCUUUGUUCCAUGGAGGAUUCUUGCAGUUUUGGGGACAUUGCCAUGCAUAGUAUUGAUACCGGGUCUCUUUUUCAUUCCUGAAUCCCCUCGUUGGCUGGCGAAAAUGGGUAUGACUGAUGAUUUUGAAACUUCAUUACAAGUUCUCAGAGGGUUUGAGACUGAUAUUACCGUUGAGGUUAAUGAGAUCAAGAGAUCUGUGGCAUCAUCUACUAAGAGAUCAUCUACAGUUCGGUUUGUAGAUCUCAAGAGGAGGAGAUACUAUUUCCCACUUAUGGUUGGUAUAGGGUUGCUUGUACUUCAACAACUCGGUGGGAUUAACGGCGUUUUAUUCUAUUCCAGUACUAUCUUUGAAUCUGCAGGAGUUACAUCGAGUAAUGCAGCAACAUUUGGGGUCGGUGCUAUUCAAGUAGUGGCGACUGCAAUAUCAACAUGGUUGGUGGACAAAGCAGGUCGUCGCCUUCUGCUUACCAUCUCUUCGGUUGGGAUGACGAUCAGUUUAGUAAUUGUUGCAGCUGCUUUCUACCUUAAGGGAUUUGUGUCUCAUGAUUCAGACAUGUACAGUAUGCUGAGCAUCUUAUCUGUAGUUGGAGUUGUGGCAAUGGUUGUUUCUUUCUCAUUAGGAAUGGGACCAAUUCCGUGGCUCAUUAUGUCUGAGAUCCUUCCUGUAAACAUAAAGGGCUUAGCUGGAAGUAUAGCGACUUUAGCAAAUUGGUUCUUCUCUUGGUUGAUCACCAUGACUGCAAACUUGCUCUUGGCCUGGAGCAGUGGAGGAACUUUCACUCUAUACGCGGUGGUGUGUGCAUUCACAGUGGUGUUUGUAACUUUAUGGGUUCCUGAGACCAAAGGGAAAACACUUGAGGAACUUCAAGCCUUGUUCAGAUGAUCAUUAUAUGUUUCCCUUUCACCACAUCGCUGUUUUGGCCAAGAACAAGAAGAAACAAAGAAAUGUCAGAGAUUUUUCCAGCUGUUGUUUAAUUGGGCUGUGAGAAGUUACGAAGAUUUGUUUGUUUGUUUGUUGUGUGUCAAUAAUCUUCUGUUAUAUGUAUAUGAACACAAGUAGUUUUUUUUUGUUGUAAUUUGAUCAAACUCUUCUAAUAGAGUAAAGAUUAUGCUAAUACAGAGAUGAAUCUGAA